AUGGCAGUGGUAUUGGACGCUUUAACAUCCUACCUACAACACAUGCUGUCGGAGAUGGCUAAAGAAGAGGUGCAUCUGCUCUUAGGUGUUCCUGAUGAGAUAAAAAAGAUGGGCAUCAAGCUCGGGGACCUUAAGAGGUUCAUCGCCGAUGCUGACAAGAGGAACAUCAGCGACGAGAGUGUGCAAUCAUGGGUGAGAGAGCUUAGGAAUGCCAUGUAUGAUGCAACCAACAUUUUUGAUUUGUGCCAGCUCAAGGCCAUGGAACAGGGUCCAUCCAAGGAUAUGGGCUGCUUCAAUCCCUUGCUCUUUUGUUUGAGAAAUCCUCUCCAUGCUCAUGACAUUGGUAAUCACAUAAAGAAUCUCAAUGAGAGGCUAGAUGACAUUGAGAAGCGUAGCAAAACCUUCAACUUCAUCAACCUUGCUUCUUAUGAGGACGACAAGAAAAAGGUAGAAUCCACCCUUCGCGCUAGGCGUGAGACGACGGGGGAGGAUGAGUUAGUUGGAGGGAUUGGCAAAACCACCCUUGCCAAGAAGAUCUUCAACCAUGACAUCAUCAAAUUAGAGUUCGAAAAGAGACUAUGGCUGAGCGUCAAUCAAGAAUUUAGCGACAGUGGUCUACUAGAGAGAGCUAUCACUGAAGCACGAGGAGAUCAUCAAGCAGCUAGAAACACAAAGGCUGCACUUGAGCGAACCCUUAAGGAAGCCCUGGAGGGGUGCAAGACCUUAUUGGUGAUGGAUGAUGUUUGGGACCACCAUGCAUGGGAGAAGGUGCUCAAGCCUCCAUUGAUAAAAUCACUUGCUCGAGGAAGCCGUGUUCUCGUUACAACGAGACAAGAUGAAGUUGCUCGAGGCAUGAUGGCAGAGGUUCCCUACCACCAUGUCGACAAACUAGAGCAAGAAGAUGCCUGGUCUUUGCUCAAGAAGCAGGUGGUCGGAAAUGAAAAUAAUGAUGAACAAAAGGUUGAUACACUAAAGGACAUUGGAAUGUCGAUUAUAGCAGAAUGUGAUGGUUUGCCUCUCGCAGUCAAAGUAAUAGGAGGCCUCCUCCGCCAGAAAAGGACAAGGCGAAGCGAUUGGACAAAGGUCCUUAAUGAUUCUACAUGGUCAGUAUCUCAAAUGCCUGAAGAGCUAAACUAUGCAGUGUACCUGAGCUAUCAAGAUCUGAACCCUGAGUUGAAGUCUUGCUUUCUGCACUACGCCCUCCUCCCAAAGAACACGGUGUUCUGGUAUGACCGUAUUCUUGCCACGUGGAUUAGUGAAGGAUUUGUUCAUGGAAACUCACAUGAUUUGGAAGUGUUAGGAAAAGAGUACUAUGACCAGUUAAUAGCUAGGAACCUUCUAGAGCCUGAUCAACGGUACAUAGACCAGCUAGUUUGCAAUAUGCAUGAUGUUGUUCGCUCGUUCGCUCAGUAUUUGACUAGAGAUGAAGCACUGAUAGCAAACAAAAGUGAGGCUGGCCUAAUUAUCAACAAUAUUAUCCCACAAAAUGUUAUUCGGAUAUCACUAAAAACCAAUGGAUCAGAAUCAAAUGGGCUAGAGUGGAGUUCUCUGCAAGCACAUAUAUCACUGCGAACACUUAUUUUAGUUGGGGAAACAAAGAUCAACCCAGGUGAUUCACUGUCUUCUUUUCCUUGUUUGCGGACCCUACAUAUAGAAGAUGGAAAUUUUGAUGCAUUGUCUGAAUCUUUGGUCCAACUCAAACACUUGAGGUAUUUGUGCCUAAAAGGCACUAACACAUCUAGGCUGCCAGAAAAAAUAGCCAAGAUGAAAUUCUUGCAGUGCAUUGACCUUUCUAACUGUGGAAGUCUGACGAAGCUUCCUCGUGUUAUUGGAGAGUUACGGCAGCUGAGGUAUCUAAGGCUUGAUUACUCAGGUAUAAACAAUAUACCCAGGGGUUUCGGCAGCCUAACUAAUUUGAGGAUAUUAAAGGGGUUUCCAGCCCAUGUGGAGGGUGAUUGGUGUAGUUUGGAAGAAUUAGGACCUCUUAACCGGCUCACGAGUCUUGAUAUUCGUGGCCUGGAGAAUGUAUCCUCUUCCACAUUUGCUAUAAAAGCCAGGCUUGGUAAAAAGGUGUGCCUCAGCUAUCUGUACUUACAGUGCACUAGUAGUAGUGGAGGUACUCACCGGUUGGUGAAACACAUCGAGAAGGUGUUUGAUGAGCUCUGCCCUCCGCCUUGCUUAGAAAAUCUUGCAAUCGAAGGGUACUUUGGUCAACGACUUCCACGGUGGAUGACGUCGACAGCAAUUGUGUCGUUUGGAUGCUUGAGGAUUCUAUUCAUGGAAGACUUGCCUUAUUGCACAGAACUAGCUGAUGGCUUGUGGCAGCUCCCCAGCUUGGAGUUGCUACAGAUUAAAAGCGCCCCAGGCAUCAAGCGUGUUGGGCCAGAGUUCUUACUACCACACCAUCAUGAGCACCCAAGCGCUGUGGAGAACUUUGGUUCUGAUUUGAAAAUUGAGGUGAUUAGAUGUCCACACCUGGAGAGGAUCAGUAACGUACCAAAUUUGCAGAACCUCGUGAUCAUAAGAUGCCCAGAGUUGAAGGUGCUAGAGGGUUUGCCUGCACUUCAUAGACUCGCACUGGAGGACUACGACAUGGAAACACUCCCUGGAUACUUGAAGGACGUAAACCCAAGGGAUUUGCAUGUAGACUGCAACGUCCCGCUGCUCGUUUCCGUAGGUAAAGGGAAAUCUAGUCUUGAGUGGGACAAGUUCAGCCAUAUCAAGCAGGUCAAGGCAUAUGCAGAUGAUAACGUCAACAACAUUGAAAGGAAGUGGUACGUGAAGUACACGAUAGAUCCUUUCAGCUUCAAGACAAACAUCAGCCCCUCUGCCGACGCUUCAGGGGAUGAAACAGAGGAUGUGUUAUUGGACAAAGUGGAGCAAGUUUGA